CUUCUCUUCCUUUCUAUUAUUUUCUCUUCUCUUCCUUUCUUUCUCCAACUACCACACGCACACACCAACACCAACACCAACACCACUGCCGACGCGGAAUGUGGCUCUCCUAACAAACUCAACCGACCUUCUCUCCCAAAACCACCACCACUGCCUUCUCUCUCUCCUCUAACCGAAACCCUAAUUUUCUCUCUCGUCUACUCAUGGCUGUGGCUUCUGCUUCCGUGGCCGCCGCCUCCGAGAUCAUCAAAGAGCCGUCGCAGCCGUCUUCUAUGGAGCCUUCUCCCACGCGAUUAUCCUCCGAAACCGUCUACGAUUCCUCCUCCCUCCCCGCCACGCCUGAUCGCGACGAUACUCAGACUGCAACUAUAUUAAGAAGCGAAGAGUAUCGCCAAUUGUUUCGUCUUCCUCCUGAAGAAGUUCUUAUUGAGGAUUUUAACUGUGCAUUCCAGGAAAAUAUACUAAUUCAGGGUCAUAUGUACCUUUUUGUUCACUAUAUUUGUUUUUACUCUAACAUAUUCGGGUACGAAACAAAGAAAAUGAUCCCAUUCCAUGAAGUGACAAGUGUACGAAGAGCAAAGACAGCAGGGAUCUUCCCCAAUGCCAUAGAAAUUUUUGCUGGAUGCAAAAAGUACUUUUUUGGGUCGUUUCUCUCUCGUGAUGAAGCUUUCAAGCUCAUCAAUGAUGGGUGGUUGCAACAUAGUAAUGAUGCCAAACUAAUUACAGACCAGCAGGAUUCAGCAUCUGUAACCAGCAGCCAAGAGAAUGGAGUUGCGAUUGAGGAAGUCACGACCAUUAUUCAGUCAAUUGAAGAAGUGGACUCUAACAAUAGGAACCUAGACAUCUCAAUUGCACAAGGUUUUAUGGUUCCUUCCAAUGUUGAAGAUGUUUCUGCGUCAACAACAAUUGCAGAGCUGCAGGACAUUAUAGAACAGGAUAUAGUAAUUGUUCCGGAAAUUAAGUCUUCAUCUUCAAGCACCACUUCUAUAUGGAAGCAGGAGGAUUGUGAUGCCCCCAAAAUUGCAGAAGGUUAUACAAUGGUUGCAGAAUCACAAUUUCCGAUAAAAGUAGAGGACUUCUUUAAUUACUUCUUUUCAGAUGAUGCAGUUAAUUUUGUCGAAUCAUUUCAUAGUAACUGUGGAGACAAAGAAUUUAAAUGCAAUUCAUGGUAUCCCCAUGACAAGUUUGGGCAUGCUCGUGAUGUAUCAUUUCUGCAUCCAAUAAAACUGUACUUUGGUGCAAAAUUUGGUGGUUGUCAGGAAACCCAGAAAUUUCGGUUAUAUAAGAACAGUCAUUUGGUUAUUGAGACAUCACAAGAAGUUAGUGACGUUCCCUAUGGAGAUUAUUUUCGUGUCGAGGGGCUCUGGGACGUGGAGAGAGAUGCUGAUGAAUCAAAAGAGUGCUGCGUUUUACGGGUGUAUUUGAAUGUUGUAUUUUUAAGGAGAACUGUUUGGAAAGGUAAAAUAGUGCAGUCUACGUUAGAAGAAUGUCGAGAAGCUUAUGGAACCUGGAUAAGCAUGGCGCAUGAGCUGUUAAAGAAGAAGAACCUUGAAAAACAAAAAGAAGAAAAUUCUGUGACUACUGUUGCUCCAAAUGGUGAAGUACACUCUGAAAGAGAAGAAAAACAAUUGGAAUCAUCAGAGAGGAUAAAUGAAUCUAGUGAACAAUUGAGAGUGCAGAAUGUCUCAAAUUUUGUGGCUGUUAACCACCACGUAAACAGAUUACAUCAAGCAAAGUUGGGUGAUGUUUCUUCUUUUGUAUCAUGGAUCAGUGAAUUUAUGGCGAGAAUCUAUUCAUCUAUGAAAACUCAAAGCAACCUUUCCCUGGUCGUGGCUAUAAUUUUUUUUGUUAUUCUCCUAAUGCAGUUGAGCAUACUUGCCCUUCUAGCUAGACCUCAACACAUCCAUGUACACUCACCAGCAGAGUAUAAUAUGGGCAUGGACAGCAAAUUGGGUGGUGGGAGAAUAUCAUCUGAAGCCUUGGUUUGGUUGGAAAAGCGAAUGCAUCACCUCAAAGAUGAGAUGUACAUGGUUGAGGCUCGGCUUGAGAGAAUGCGACAUGAGCAUGCCUUUUUGAAAUCUCAACUCGAAAAUUUUAAGCCUAUUGGUGAAGCCUAGAUAGCUAAAAGCUAGUUGUAUAUCUGUCUCAUUCUCGUGUUCAUAAAACCGGUAUAUACUAUGCUCUUUUUAUUCUUUUCUAAAUGUUUUUAUUGUCCUUGUUAUGCUGUAAUUUUUAGAAUUUUCUUUAAUGUUUCGGCCAAAACCGAUAGGGAAAGCCCAAAAAGAGAAAAAGAAAAAGAAAAGAAGAGGAGGAUGUUAUGAUAGGAGUCAACUGACUUUUGAUAGGGAACUAGUCCAACGUGAUAUGUAGAGUGACUUGCUAAAUAAUGCCUUGUUUGAUUAUCUCUGUGUAACAAAAGAGAGGGAAUUGGUGAUGAAAGCUUAAUUACAGUUGAAGCUUUGCAAUGAUAUAUUUUUUAUUAUGGA